AAGUUGAACCUCACUCACUUGGCUCCCCUUCCACAUUGCACUCUCUUCGUAUUUUAUACGUUAUUGUCUGGUGUCCCUUCGGCCAGUUGCGAGUUCAUUUCCCCUUUCCCAGGGACUCGAGGGUGACUCGAGGGUUGAUCGUCGGGACCGUCGCUCUUGAAGUCUCGAAACGAUCAAGUCCGUGGCGCCAGAAGCAUGCAUGGGUUCUGGCCCAAGAGGCUCUCGAAAAAAGGGGAGGCGCUUUGCUUAUGCCACCAAACGGUGGGGCGGAGCUUAUCAACGGUGCCCAUGUCGAGGCCCUGAUGGGCCAAUCCAACCACAUCGGCUACUGUAUGUGUGUAUGGUAGUGGAACAUUGUAAUUCAUUUUCAAACUUGUAACUUCCGAGAGCGGUUAUGGAGGUGGCUCCCUACGAGAAGGCUCAACGUACGCCCAAGUGUGCUCGAUGUCGCAACCAUGGGAUCGUUUCCGCCCUGAAAGGACACAAGAGGUACUGCAGGUGGAAGGAUUGCUUUUGUGCCAAGUGUACCUUGAUAGCCGAGCGACAGAGGGUCAUGGCUGCACAGGUGGCUUUGAGGAGGCAACAAGCUCAGGAAGAGGCCGAAGCCAAGCAGAAAGGUAUUCGAAUAUUGAGCACUGAGGAUGAGGUUUCCGAGAAGAAUGAACGAUCCUCGCCCAUAGAGGAAGAAGCAGCCUCGCCGCCGGUCUCUUGGCCGGGCACAUCGUCCACGCCAGCUGUCGAACCCGAACAGCCACAUCCGCAACAACAGCAGCAGCCUCCGAUUCCUCCUCUGCAUCAUCAUCACCACCACCAACAUCACCUCCAGCAACAACAACAGCAGCAACAUCACCAGCAUCAGCCCAAAGUCGUGGAAAAGGAGCUUUACACACUUGAAGUCCUGUUCCCGUACGUUUCCAAGAUCGACAUCCUGAACACGUUCAUGAAGAGCGACAAGAACUUUUUGAGAGCUGUUCAACUUUUGUUGAAGAAGCCUAAGAGAGCUUCGGAGAAUAAAUCCGAAGAUGACAUGAUCAUUCUGAACCAACAGGCGUAUUCGCUUCAGCAACGAUAUUUGGCAGCGGCUGUGGCGGCCUCUGCCGCCGGUUUUGGUCAAAACUUCUUGGAGAAUUCCGCUCCCCCUGACCUUCACGUGGCUCCAAUUUUGAGACACAUUGAAGUCCCGGUGUAUCCAAGGUAUCCCAUGGGAAACAUCUAUUUUCCAGACAAGGAGCCAAACUGAAAAACAAAUGUUCCAUCAAAAUCGGUUAUUAAGACGUUGUCCCAGUACCCUCUGAAUGUAGUAGUAAAUAUGUUAUUUAUCAUCCCCCAAUCCAGCUCAAUGUGCAAUAACAAAACACUUGACAAUACAAUGACUGCAAGUCAA